GCUACGGCACCAGUGCGGUGUACGCCAGCGCUCACAGUCACUCGAUCAGUCGACCGGCAAAGUCAUCGGAGGCCGGUUGAACUCCCAUCGAAAGCGCGUGAUAACGCACACACACACACACUCUCACACACACACACACACACACUCACAUACACAUACCAAACUUAUACACAUACACUUAAACACAACACACACACUCAUAACACACAUGCACACAAAUAUAUGUACACACACACGCACGACACACGCGCGCGAACAGAAAUAUUCGCGAACGACGCGAUUAGUGCGCUCGUCAUACGCAGGCGACGUGUUAUACCGGUUUGUGAAAAAAAAAAAUAAUUAUAAUAAUAAUAAAAAAAAUUUUAUCGUUCCGUGUGUCCUCUCUAUCGAGUGCCGCCGUGUUACACGCACACUCCAGGCGCCAAAAUGAAUUCAUAUAGCUAAGGCUGUCUCAGACAUGGGAAGCGAGCACUACUGUCUCCGGUGGAACAAUCAUCAGAACAACCUGCUGGGCGUAUUCAGUCAACUGCUCCAAGAAGAGUCCCUCGUGGACGUGACGCUCGCCUGUUCGGAAGAAGGCCGCUUGAUCCGCGCCCACAAGGUCGUGUUAUCCGCGUGCAGCGCGUACUUCAAGGCACUGUUCCUUGACCAUCCGACACGCCACCCGAUCGUGGUACUUAAAGACGUUCAGUUCUCUGAACUCCGUGACCUGGUCGAGUUUAUGUACCGGGGCGAAGUGAACGUAGACCACAGACAGCUGACCACCCUGCUGAAGACGGCCGAGAGCCUUAAGGUCAAGGGGCUGGCCGACAUGGCUCGCCCCAGUGACGGCGACGAUGACACCGUCGGCGACCGCGUUGAGCUGGUGCCCGCCGACCGGGACGACGAGCCCAUGGAACCGGAAGACCUGCGGCCGUUGAGCCGGUGCCGGACGCCGGUACCGGCCGAGAGCCGCACCCCGUCGCCACCACCCACGGAGAGCGACGACAAUCUUUCCAUGCAAAGCGAACCCAGCGAUAUGACCACUGUCUGCAGGCACGACGACCAACCGUCCCCGUCCGGUUCCGGUCUGCCACCAGUUCAGCAAGUACCUUUGUUCUUGAAGAAAGAAGCUGACUGUGACAAGACUGACGACCGAAGCAUUCAAGGGGAAAGCUCUUCAGAAUAUCGGAGUAUACCAGAUCCGGAAGUUUGCUUGGUGGAAGGGGUGUUCAACACGUUGGCCGCAUACAGGUCGCAAGUUUCCGUUCUACAACAAGGAUUUUCCGCUUUCAGUCGGUUCUCGACUCUGCCGCCCGUUUACAAUACAGAAACGUCCGUGUCACUGUAUUCGGUGCUCCAACAACAAGGACUGAUCGGGCCAUGUGUGAGUUCCAGCGACGAGGUAGCCAGCCGGUGCCUGAUCCGGUGCGCCAUUUGCCUGGCUGGUUUCCCGUCCACGUGGCUCCUAGAACAGCACACAGCCCUGCAGCACACCGGGCAGCCAGUGCGCGGCCACGGCGGCGACGGCGGUGACGAGAAACCGUUCCAGUGCGACCAGUGUGGCCAGAGUUACCGUUACCGUUCAGCAUAUCUCAAGCACCGCGAACAAAACCACAGGGCCCGCUUGCCGGCCGACAAGCUGUUCACGUGCGACAUAUGCGGCAUGCAGUUCAGGUACCUCAAGUCGUUCAAAAAGCACCGUCUCAACCACGCGCUGGAGAGGUUACAGCGGGAUGUGCCAGCGGCGGUGACAGCGGCCCACAGCGACGACAGCCGAGAUGUACCGGCGACACCAACCGCCGCCAAGUCGUCGGCGCCCGACAGCCAGGUGACCAGCACGAACGAAGUGGUGUCCGCGGUGACGUCGGCAAAACCGGCGGCGGCCGGACAGCAAAAAGCGGCCGGUGACGCGGCCGCCACUUCACCAUCGUCGCUAUUCAAUAUGCUCCGAUCGAACGCUCAACGCACAGCCGCCGUCGCCGCGGUAACCAGGUCCACACCAGUGGCCGCUGUCACCGCGGCGUCCGCGACCGCAGCAGUGACGACGGCGGCCACUACCAACAACAACAACAACAACAAUGGUAGUGGCAUUAACAACAACAACAACAACAACAACCGAGACGCCAAAUCGUUCGCUUGCCCAUUCUGCGGCAAGUGCGUUCGGUCAAAAGAAAACCUAAAGCUGCACGUGCGCAAGCACACGGGUGAACGGCCGUUCGCGUGCCUGUUCUGCGGCCGUGCGUUCGGCGGCAAGAGCGAUCUGACCCGACACCUGCGCAUCCACACCGGCGAGCGGCCGUACCACUGCGAGAUGUGUGGCAAGUGUUUCGCUAGGGCCGACUACCUGUCCAAACAUCUGACCACGCACAUACACAACAACCAUCAACGUUGAACGCCAACUGUUAUAACAUUAUAGGCUAUAGCAAAUACCAUCGUCGUGUAUUGUAAUAGAUGUGUUGUUGUUGUCGUCGUUGUUGUCGUUAUUAUUAUUAUUAAUAUAAUUAAUAUAAUUAUUAUUA